UGUCACCAUAACAUUUACUUCGUUUCACAGGCCCUAGUUGUUCCUGAGAAGUUUCAACACAUUCUGCGUGUUCUCAACACCAACAUAGAUGGAAAACAAAAAAUUAUGUUUGCUUUGACCGCAAUCAAGGUCAGUAGAAAGAGUAGUUAUUUCCAAUUUAUUUCGUGUACUAUUAGAAUUAUGUUAUUGGAGUGAAACCCCUCUGUCGAAAAUUUUUGGUUCUGAUUUGAAGAAAGAUGGUUUGUAUGUCAUGUUGAUGUCAAGUGUGAUGUGUGCGAGUACAGUUAAACCUGUAUUAAGCAGUCACCCUAACGGAUUGGCCAACUGAGUUGCAGUGAUACACAACAGCCGAGAUUCCAACCCUAUGUGAUGGAAAAUAGGGAGUAAUUAUUAGCGCCGAAGGCGCGAGCUUCUAGGGGGGUCCGGGGGCAUGCCCCCCCCAGGAAAUUUUGCAAAUUUCGGUUCUCUCAAGUGCCAUUUCCUGAAUUUUGACAUCAUUCCGGCCUGAGUUAUAACAUACCAUAAUGCUCUUCGCGAAGAAAGUAAGUAUAAUAUGAGUGUUUCACAGUGACAGAUUGCCAAAAAUUCUAAAGAUUACCAAUUUUUCCCUAGUUUUCAGAAUUUUAUAAUAAAUCGGGAGAAUUUGGUAAAAAUCGGGAGAGCGGGAGGCAAGACAUCAAUUGGUUGGAAUCUCUGCAACAGUGCAUUGGUAAACGGUGAUAUUUCUUUUGAUGAUACAUAUUGAUAUUAACUUUGGGUGUUCCCUGGUGUUGUGGAAACUAUUGUUGGUUAGCUCUUGUUUUGUGGUGUGAGUAUUGAUCAUUGUCUUUUCAAUUCGUUGUUUUACAUCAUUUGGGGAUUACACCUGUCCACAACACCAAGAAACUGUGUUAAUUUUGAACAAGUAAUCAGGAAAGAAAAUAUCCAAACAAAUAUGCUAUGUUGACAAAUUUGUGAAAUCCCUGCCUUACAUAUUCCUCUCCCAAGCUCUGCAUAUUUAUAGUCUUUGCAAGGUGCUUUAUGGUGAAAAAGCAAACUAUCCCUGGCUCAUGUGCUUCUUGUCUUAUUCAAAGUGGGAGAAAAGAAGAGAAAUAAAUGCAUGCAUAGUUAUGUCACUUGUUAGUUGUAAGUUGUACAGUCAUGUGUGUCCACAGGCAAAACAUGCUGUCGGUUGAACUUCACAAUUGGUCACUAUGCUCAUCGCACACAGCAGUGUAUCAUAUUAGGGCCAUUUAUUAGGUUCAUUUAUAUUUAUUUUCCUUACAAACGGUACAUUUCGUCUAAAGUAAGACGCGGCUUAGCUAAGGUGCGUCUCAUUUUAGAACAGCCCUUAACACCUGUUCUUAGAUAAGACGAGAAAAACUUCGUAUAAAUGACCUUCGCGUCUUACAUAGGAUGCGAAUGCAUAGUACGCGUACGUUAAUUUUUGACGUGUCUUAUUUUUCCUCGUAUAAAUGGCCCUAUUUACUAUAUCGUGUCCUGUUUCUUGCAAUUUAUAUUAAAUUGUGGUAAAAUAGAGAGCUUUACAUUUUAGGGAGCGGGAUGACUACAAGGACAACAUUGAACCUAAAGUUUUUUUUGUGUGCGUUCCCUAGAAAUGGACACCCCAGAAAGCUUUAUUUUACUUCUUUUCACCACAAUAGUUAGAAUGCUUAUUUCUAUUGAAGUCAGCUAGGCCUUCUCCUGAUUGCUGCACAAUAAAAUUUCUAAGAUUUGUUAAAUUGUUUUCACCACUACAACAUUCUUGCUAAAACUCAUGGUAGAAUGACAAUGGCUAUCACAUUUUCCUGCCAAGAUGCUGUCGGUUCAGCUGCGUGUACUAAACUUAGUGUUGGGAAAAUCUUGUACUCUUAGAGGGGCAUCCAACGAGGAUAUAGUUCAAAACCACUUAACAUAGCAUUGUUGAACAUAUUUUAGUAUUUAAAUGGUAGAUAUAGGUAUAUUUUUAUCCCCUAAAAACUUUUCAUCUGUUUGGAUUUCCUAGCUGAAAGUCUACUGAUCCGAAAAUUAUAGGGAUCAAAACUUACCUUUUCGAAAAUUUCAGCCAGGAAAAGGCUCCCGAAAAUUCUAGGUGGCCUUUUUUAGGGUAAAUAUCCGUUUAAAAUGGGUAAUUAUACCAUUUUGUAGAUGUUCGAAAAUCCUAGGAGAGGCAGGCAAGCAAGAAAUUUUACAACAAAUGUUCCGAAAAUUCCAGUUCUCAAAUCGUCUUCCGAACAGAUUUUUUUCCCGAAACUUGCCGUUGGGUGCCCCUGCUCUUAGUCUUCCUCCUCUUAGUAGCUAAAGGGAUCUAACAUAACAUUGCAGCCCUGCCAGGAAGUAGUUGAUUUACAUAUACAUGUACCGACCCAAGAUAGUUGAAGUGUAAAGUUCCUGUUAAAUUCACAGUAAUGUGGGCAUCAAACAUGUAUUUACUUUAUUUCCAGGGCGUGGGACGGAGGUAUGCCAACCUUGUUUGCAAGAAGGCUGAUGUUGAUAUGAAAAAACGUGCAGGAGAACUUACAGAUGAUGAGGUAACAUGCAUGAUUUAAUGAUCAUGUACCAGCAACAAGCCAUUGAAAUAUUGCGUCAACAUAAUUAUUUUCUUUGAAAUCUUCGAGCAAUAAAAGUUUCCUUUCUCAUUUAUUUUGGUGCUGCAAGCAUUGACCAUUAUGAUGCACUAUUUUUUCUCUGACAGGUGGAGCGUGUCAUUACUAUAAUGCAGAAUCCACGGCAGUACAAAAUCCCUGAUUGGUUCCUUAACAGGCAGAAGGACAUCAGAGAUGGCAAAUACUCACAGGUAUAGAAAUUAAUAUGAAAAAUUGGAGCAACCCUCCAAGUUGCUACCAUUUUAGGCAGCAUAGUCACUUAAAUUUAAAUACAAGUGAAGUUUAGCCUGUGUUGUAGAUGUACAGUACUAUCGUCUAACCUUGGUUAUAUGCAGUAGUGUCUGUGAAGCAGCACCAAGAUCUUUGUUCUGGGCUCCCUAAGGACUUGGUGAAUUACCAGAAGUACAUUUUGAGUUUUCUUUCAAACUCAUUGGCAAAUCGAAUCAAAUCAUGGCAUGCACUUAAAUCUUGGUACACAGUUGGAGCCCAUUAAAAGUAUUUUAGGGCUGUUUCGUGGAUGGACAUAACCAUGAAUUAAUAAUUUUAGUUUUGUGUGUGGCGCAGGCUCAGAAAGUUAUUCUGAAACAUGAAAAACGUGAAUUCUAAUUGAUCAGAGGAGUGUGACGUCAAUAAUUAUUAUUAUUCUGGAUUUUUCUACUAAUUCGAGCACUUAACAAAAUCCAAAAGCAUAGCUUUUUGAAAUACACGUCAAUGAAACCUGACCUGAAACUUGCAGUUUUGUACUGCUCUACUGAGUCUUUCGCCCAGCACGUGAUGCAUGACAAGUUGCAUGCAAUCAAAUUACAGUAAACUUUGCUUGUUGUUUUCUUCAAAAACUAAGAAAUGCAUGUGACAGUGGCCAAUCUCUGUAGGUACAUCUGUAGUCUUUUUAACUGGACUACACAUUUUAUAUACAUGUAUUUGGCAUUCACAUGUAGAGGGAACUAACAACUGUAGACUUAAGUAACAUGAAAGCAACGCAGUUGAACAUUUAGUAACUAAAAACUAUCAGCAUUUUGAGUUACUGUAAUUAUUGUUAGAGAUGAUAAAGUAAAAAAAUGGUUGUUAUCUCUCGAGUGGUAUUAUGGUUCAUGUUUCUUUCAGUGAAUUGUAAAGCAAGUUUAGAUUACCAAAAGUUUAUGGGAAAAUAUCUUUCACAAGAUACAUUUAUAACAAAAUUGUUUGGGUGCAAAUGAACUGAUAAGAAAUCUGUUACAUUAAACAGAUAUUGUUUUGGCUGUAUAUCCUGGCACUUUAAAUUAAUUCCAAAAAAAUUUUAACUUGGAAGGUUGUGAUGUAGUUAUUUUUAAAUGAUUUCAUAAACUGCGCUAAACAUUGCAAUGCCUUGUUGCCUUUAGAUACUUGCUAACAAUCUUGAAAGCAAGCUUCGUGAGGAUCUUGAGAGACUGAAGAAGAUCCGUGCUCAUCGUGGUCUUCGUCAUUACUGGGGGUAAUUAUCUUCUCAUUAUUUGUAUUUUAAAUGAAAUGAUAUUAUGUGUGGAGAGAAGAACAGAGAAAAAAAUUCUGAGUUCCAGAUGGGAAUUGAACCCACAACCUCCUGUGCACUAGUCGGAUGCUCUAACCACAUUUUGCCACAGCAUUUUUAAACUUUUUAGCGGAGUUGUCACUAAGAUUUCACGUUGCCGGGUAAAUGCAACAUGUAGGCAUGGAAUCGAAUAGCUGAGGAUUUAUUUUGGUUUUAUUUUUCUUCUAUUUUCCAAUGAACAUAGCCAGGGGAAAUCCCUUGUCCUCGGCUCUUAAUGACAGCCCCUGAUAGAGUAACUUUUACAUAUUGUACACUGCAGCAUCUGAGAUCUAAAUAUUCUUCACAUCAUAUGAAAGCCAAAUUCAGUAAUUGUUCUAUUAUUCAAAAUGUUUCUUAAUUCUUUACCGCCUUGCUGCCUUGCCGCCUUGCCUCAAACAUUUGUCUGAUUCUCAUAACCAUAAUUUUACCUUUUUUUCAGUCUGCGUGUGCGAGGACAGCACACGAAGACCACUGGUCGCAAGGGCAGAACUGUUGGUGUUGCCAAGAAGAAGAACUAA